AUGGCUAGCGCUGCGAUCAAUGCAAAACUCCUACCCAAACCACUGGCUCUAUUCGAACAUGUAAACUUGGUUUAUGGAACUAUUAGUGAAUUUUGUACGCCAUCUGGUUGUCCAGAUAUGACUGGACCAGGCAACAGAACGUACUUAUGGUUCGAUGAGAAAGGCAAGAAGACGCGCGUCGCCGCUCCCCAAUACAUCGACUAUGUGAUGACCUUCACGCAGAAGACAGUCAGCGAUGAGUCGAUAUUCCCUACCAAAUAUGCCAACGAAUUUCCAAGUUCGUUUGAAUCGAUUGCCCGCAAAAUACUACGCUUGCAAUUUCAUGUGAUAGCUCAUCUCUAUGCGGCGCAUUUCCGAGAAAUUGCGCUACUGGGAUUGCACACCCACUUAAAUUUGACCUUUGCGCACCUAACCGCACUGCAUCGACGCUUCACACUGAUCGAUGAGAAGGAGACGGACGUGCUGCGCGAUCUGGAGGUGGCGCUGCGCCUCACUGACGACGGUCAGAGCUCGCUCGCCUCAUCUACAAUUACAGCCACGACGGAUGGUGGCAGCAGUAGCGGCGGCGGAGCUGGCGGCUGUGGCAGUAGCUCCACAACAGAUAGCGGUAUAGCGAAUAGUAGCAACAGCAGCUGCAGCGGCGCGACUAUAGCGACAGCACACGCUCACUCACACCAGCAGCCACAUACGGGAGUAGAGGAUGUCAAUUUACUGCAGCAGCAUUCGGCGGCGAGCACAACGCUCAUCGAUGGCGAUGCGGCAGCGCCGCCCAUUUGCACUCAGCCCGAGGCGCAGGCAAAGCAAGCGAACAACGCGCACGCAUCGGCCGCAGCGGCGGUCUUUGGCGGCGGUGGUGGCCUUAUCGGUGGCAUACUGGGUGACUUGAGCAGCGGCGAAUUCGGCGAAACGGCGACACGCUACUGCACCUCGGCGCUGCCACCACAUAGUGGAGGAGAGGCUGGAGUCAGCGGUGUGGCGGUGAACUGCAAUAAUGGCGGCGCGGGCGCUUUGCACUUGAACUUCAACAAUAAUCACCAUCAUCACCACCAUCACCAGCAUCCGCAUGCGCACCAUCACGCGCAGCAGCAAGCGGCAGCUACACAUCAUUUCACGCAGCAACAACAACAACACCAACAGCACAGUGGCCUCAUACAGUGCAAUGCCAGCAACGCACCGAAUGCGACCGUGGUCAGUGCAUCAGCAACGAAUGCCAGCACAGCGGCAACAACAACGACAGCAUAGUUGCCACCAGGAACCGCAAGUAGCCCCAAAGCCACAAAAACAAAUUCGAAUAUGCUCGAAGCUAAAAUUGAUGUUGAAGAUGAGGAGGAGCAGGAUGAAAUGCGAGUUGCUGAAAAUUUUGUUGAUUAUCCUAGACCAGCGACAGAAGCUAUCGCUUCUACAGCCCUUUUAAGUGCUAAAACAAGUGCUACUGUUAAUGCCGACGCCACCGUUGCUGCUGCCAACUCCAACACCGCCGCCGCCAAUGUUGCCGCCACACCCAUUGCCGCUGCUGUUUCCCUUAGCGUAGGAGAGAAUGAACGGAACGAAGCCGAUGCUGAUGCUGUAGAUGAAGGAGGCGCAGAAGUAGAAGUUCAAAUUGAAGACAAAGCUAAAUGUAAUGAAAACAAAGAUGAUAAUGUUAACGAUGUUAAAAGUGUUGCCGUUGCGGCCGCAAAGGAUGUAUGACGCUUAUUGCUUUAUAUUUACAAUAUAUAGAGUAGUGUUAAUUAAAACUUAAGAAUACAACAAAAGCAAACAAAAAUCGAAAGUUAUAAAAGAAGAGAGAAAAGAUGAACAUACAUUAAUUAAAUAUAAAUAAUAACAAUAAAAAGAUAUAAAAGUAUGAAAUGCAAAAUAAAAAAUAAGAAAGAGAAGUAUAUGUUAACGAUGAUUGUAGUUGUGUCUGUAUCUGGUGUUACACCAACAAAGAAAACACAAAUAAAAACUGAUUAAAAAACAAACGAAAAAACUGUAAGAACAAACACUAAAAUGAAAAUCACAAACUUAUUGAAGAAUUAACCCAAGUAAAUAAAGUAAAUUUAAAUAAAAGGCGUUAAUAAUUAAGCUAGCAUUAUUAUGCACUGUGCAAGCGAAAAUGAAAAUCAAUUAGUUGACAAAGCCACAAAUCACGAAAAUUUUAUGAACAAA